AUGUAUCAGAUCUCGAAGAUAAAGAUGAAUCCAGACGCUGUAAAGUCCACUCUCACCAAUCUCGCGUUUGGAAACGUAAUAGCAGCAGCUGCUCGUAAUUAUCAAAAGGAAUUGCUUAGUGAAGAGAAGGCAGCGCAAUCAAGUUCUAUAAACGAGGAGGUUGACCUCGAUGAUUUGAUGGAUGAUCCCGAAUUGGAAAAAUUGCAUGCAGACAGGAUUGCAGCUUUUAAGAAAGAAGCAGAGAAACGGGAGGCAUGGAAGAAGAAAGGUCAUGGGGAAUUUAGGGAAGUAACUGAAGGGGAUUUCUUGGGUGAAGUCACUGGAAGUGAAAAAGUUAUCUGUCAUUUCUACCACAAGGAGUUCUAUCGAUGCAAGAUAAUGGAUAAGCACUUAAAGUCCCUUUCAACAAAGCAUAUUGAUUCGAAGUUCAUCAGGCUUGAUGCAGAGAAUGCACCGUUCUUUGUUACAAAAUUGGCAAUCAAAACUCUGCCUUGUGUCAUACUCUUCAGACAAGGAGUUGCAGUUGAUAGAUUGGUAGGGUUUCAAGAUCUGGGAGCAAAAGAUGAUUUCACCACAAGAGCACUGGAGGUUCUGCUGAUAAAGAAAGGUAUUAUUGCCGAGAAAAAGGAAGUGGAUGAGGAAGAUCAAGAAUAUGAUGAAAGUAAACGACGAAGUGUUAGAUCCUCAGCGGCUGCUGAUUCUGAUUCUGAAUAA